CAAGCGCGCAUCAUCGUCAUCAUCAAAAAUAUUUUUAAUCCGAGACAAAACCCUUUCAUUCUUCUCGUUCACCAGUAUUGUGGCAAGCUUUCCUUCUCGAUUUUUCAAUACUUUACUUUUUCACACGUAUUUGCAUUCCUCUUUGAAAGUCAAGAGUUGAAUUCAACUAUUUUUUAUUUUUAUUUGCAGCAGCAACACAAACAGCAGUAUCACAACACGCAUAUUUUACAAUAUAAACACGAUGGAGCCCAGAGUUCUUGUAGUCUCGCUCUUUGCGCCGUACUCGGUCAAUUUUGACCCGCCUGUCUCAAAGAGCUCGAGCAAUGCGACCACGCCUCCAGGAACGCACGAUGGCAUCAACAAGGUGCACGAGCGGCAAAUGAGCCGCAGCGGAUCGACCGGGCGCAACCAUAUAUGGAGCGGGCGCCGGAGCAGCGUCCAUCGCACACAUACAACCCCACUGGGCCACAGCGGGCAGCCACACAGCCGCCGCCGUUCGACCUUCUCGAUCAAUCUGGCGCCACUCUCGCGAGAAAACGGCAACGAAUGUGUGGCUUCAAGCGAUGUCUCUGGCCCCUCGCCCAGUCUUGGCACUUGUGCCGAAGACACCAAAGGCAACAAGAAAGCGCCAGCGGUUACUUCCGCCGCUACCGCCACUGCCAGCAACACACUUUGCAAUGGAAAAGCUGGUGCGUACCAGCUGGCGUACAACAUCGAUGAAGCGGCCGGAGCGCACACGCCGCCUCCCAACACGCUUGACUUUACGCGCAAGCAGAACAUGGAUCUGCUUCGCGAAAAGCGUGAGCGCAAAACGGGGGUCAGCAAGAAUGGCCGGCUUCUGCGUGACCACCGGCUGUUGCCAGUCACCGCAGCGCCGUCAUCGGCUGAUGUGAUUGCCUCACCAGGUAGUGCUGCCAGCAACGCUAAUGUUGACAGCGCGCUGCCGGCCGAUUCUGCCAAACAACAAGAGCAGCAAAAACAGAAGCAGCAGGACAUUCUUUCUUACUCCCUCACCGGGCUGCAGAUCAACACGUAUCAGCCGGAGGCUGGCCAGGAAUCGCUGUCGGGCACUACGACGCCGGGCGCAGUGGCCACUGUUCCCGGCACCAGUGACCAGUUUGUUGUUGAGCAUCUAAACGUCGGAAACAUUGGCUUGUUCAACGCUGUCAACGCGAGCCUGGACUUGUUUGCCGAGCGCGUGUGGAUUGGUGAGCUCGGCAUCUCCACCGACGGGUGGUCCGAGCAGCGAAAGGAAGCUGUGUCAAACAAGCUCUUGGACGGCUUCGAGACACUUCCUGUGUUUGUCUCAGACAAGGAGUUUGAGGGCCACUACGGGCGCUUCAGCAAGCAGCUCAUCUGGCCUGCGUUUCACUACAUAAUGCCCGAGAUGCCGCAAUGGCACGGAUGGGAAAAGUCUGCGUACGAGGCAUCGUUGGCGACAUGCAAAAAGUUUGCCGAUCGCAUAGCCGAGUUUUAUCGCGACGGCGACAUCAUCUGGAUCAACGACUACCACUUGAUGCUGCUGCCAAAGCUCCUUCGCAAACGCCUGCCCAACGCGCGCAUCGGAUUCUUCCUCCACAUCCCAUUCCCCAGCUCUGAGAUAUUCCGCUGUCUGCAUGUUCGCCGAGAGCUGCUGGAAGGCAUGCUGGGUGCCGAUGUUGUUGGACUUCAGACGUUUGCGUACAAGCGCCACUUUGUGCAGACGGCCAGGCGCGUGCUUGGGGUCGAGAGCUCGGCCAAUGGGCUUAUUUUAGAAGGCGGCCGCCACGUCGUGGUCGGCCAGUACGCGAUGGGGCUCGAUCCCGCCGGCGUGGAGGAGAAGUGGAGCAACGCAUCCGUUGGCGAGCUUAUUGAAUUCCUCAAGGACAAGUACGCCGGAAACCAUCUGCUGGUAGGCCGCGACAAGCUCGACCAUGUCAAGGGCGUGCGGCAAAAGCUUCUUGGCUACGAGUGUUUUUUGAACGACAACCCCGAGUUUGCCUCAAAGACCGUGCUCAUCCAGAUUGCCCUGACCACGGCCGAGCACAACGAGCUGCAAGUGCAGGUCAUGGACGUUGUCAAUCGGAUAAACUCCAGCUUUGGCACUAUCGAGCACCAGCCCGUGGUUUUCUUCCACAAGGACAUCCCCUAUAGCCACUACCUCGCAUUGCUGUCGACCGCCGACGCCAUGAUGAUCACGUCGCUCCGUGACGGCAUGAACCUGACGUCCCAUGAGUACGUGCUCUGUCAGCGCGAGAAGCACUCCCCGCUGAUCCUCAGCGAGUUUGUCGGCACGUACGGUGCUUUCAAUGGCGGCGCCCUGGGUGUUAAUCCGAUGGAUACAAGGGCCAUCGCGCAGGCGAUCAAGGACGCGCUGCUCAUGAGCGACGAAGAGAAGCUUGAUCGGUGGAACCUGCUGCACCGUCAGGUCCUGAUUAACUGCGCCAGUAGCUUUGUCUCGUCGUUUGUCGCGGAUAUCGAAAGUGCGCACGCACAGGCAAACAGCAAGUCAUCCACAGAAUAAGCUAACGAGCAAGCAAGUACAUUUUACACCACUAUUUUUUUAUAUUUCUUUCGAGUUCUAUAUAUAUAUAUAUUUAUUUUUCAAUUAA